AUGUAAAAGUCUGACACAGUCCAGAAAGGAGGCACAUUUCUUGUGGAUCACGCUUGUUUUCCAGAACCGAGCGUCAGCAUGGAUGUCUUGGCGAACCACGGUAUUUUUCAGGAACUUCAGCUCGUCCACGAUACCGGCUACUUCUCCGCCAUGCCUUCGCUGGAGGAAAACUGGCAGCAGACCUGCCUGGAAUUGGAGCGCUACCUGCAGACUGAGCCCAAGCGUCUGUCAGAGCUCUUUGAUCAAGACCUGGAUGGCCUCCUCACUCCAGCUUACCUAAAGGAGGAUGGUGAGGAAGAGCUACUCCCCAGCAUUCCCAGUCUCCCAGAGAUCCCGAGCAUGACUCCAAUGAUCCUCUGCCCAACACAGAAGAACUUCCCCUCAACUGGUGCAAUGAAGAGAGACCUCAAACCCAAGAGCAAGGGCCUGGAGAUGUCUGAGGGGAUGGAAGGCGUCCAUCAGGCCCAGCUAAGCGCUGUCACAUCCCUGACACCACCGUCAUCACCAGAGCUGGGUCGACACCUUGUGAAACCCAACCAGACCCUGACCGCCUCAUCUGAUGGGACACUCACCUUAAAGCUGGUGGCCAGGAAGAUGGGGCUUAGUGCAGCUCGGCUGGUGGCGGCGCACUCGCUCCCCGCUCGGAUGAAGGAUGAAGAGGAGGCAACUGCAUACGUGAUCGGGGUGGGGGAGCUACCAGAGAACAAGAAGAGGAUCCACCGUUGUCAAUUCAACGGCUGCAGGAAGGUCUACACCAAGAGUUCCCCUAAGGCACAUCAGAGGACACAUACAGGUGAAAAGCCAUACAAGUGCUCAUGGGAGGGCUGCGAGUGGCGAUUCGCCCGGAGCGACGAGCUGACGAGGCAUUACCGCAAACACACCGGCGCCAAGCCUUUUAAGUGCAACCACUGUGACAGCAGCGGCUGCAAUCAAUCAGUGUGUAAUCAGCCGUCUUGCUGGAGCUGCCAGACCUGCCUGGAAUUGGAGCGCUACCUGCAGACUGAGCCCAAGCGUCUGUCAGAGCUCUUUGAUCAAGACCUGGAUGGCCUCCUCACUCCAGCUUACCUAAAGGAGGAUGGUGAGGAAGAGCUACUCCCCAGCAUUCCCAGUCCCAGAGAUCCCGAGCAUGACUCCAAUGAUCCUCUGCCCAACACAGAAGACUUCCCCUCAACUGGUGCAAUGAAGAGAGACCUCAAACCCAAGAGCAAGGGCCUGGAGUCUGAGGGGAUGGAAGGCGUCCAUCAGGCCCAGCUAAGCGCUGUCACAUCCCUGACACCACCGUCAUCACCAGAGCUGGGUCGACACCUUGUGAAACCCAACCAGACCCUGACCGCCUCAUCUGAUGGGACACUCACCUUAAAGCUGGUGGCCAGGAAGAUGGGGCUUAGUGCAGCUCGGCUGGUGGCGGCGCACUCGCUCCCCGCUCGGAUGAAGGAUGAAGAGGAGGCAACUGCAUACGUGAUCGGGGUGGGGGAGCUACCAGAGAACAAGAAGAGGAUCCACCGUUGUCAAUUCAACGGCUGCAGGAAGGUCUACACCAAGAGUUCCCACCUAAAGGCACAUCAGAGGACACAUACAGGUGAAAAGCCAUACAAGUGCUCAUGGGAGGGCUGCGAGUGGCGAUUCGCCCGGAGCGACGAGCUGACGAGGCAUUACCGCAAACACACCGGCGCCAAGCCUUUUAAGUGCAACCACUGUGACAGGUGUUUCUCGCGGUCCGAUCAUUUGGCGCUACACAUGAAGAGGCACAUCUGAGGAGUCUGGGAAAGGUCAGCAAGGGUGGACGAGAGGAGAAGAGGAUGGAGGGGGAGUGGAAGAGAGAAAGAGGGCAGAAAAACAGCGGGAGGGACUCAUUAAACACCAGAUUCUGGACUGGAGGGAGCAGCAGAAACACCACACAGAGAGGCUGACUACAAACAGAAACACAGACAGGCAGGUCCGGUCCAUCUGUGCUCCACUGGUUCGGCCAUGAUUCCACAGUGACAAACAUCUCACCGUGUCAUGGUGUGGACCAAACGGGCAGUCCAUGCCACCAGUGCUCUGCGUCUGGUGGCUCACGUGCAGUAGUUGGCAGCUCUUUGUUUUGUUCGUCCUUACAGUCUUUGUGAAUGCUUCCAAAAUGUCAGAAGUACUCCACGUGCCAGAGUUUUUCCAAACCGGACCAGUUGUAAAUUUGAGAAUUGUUGUUUUUAACCAUCAACCUUGUGACGGCAUCGUCUCACAAUUUAAGCAAACACAAAUGACAUCUUUAUCUUUCCAAACUGACCAACCGCUACAGCCGUUAGACUUCACCAAAGGCGUUAUUACCGUGCAUAAAAUAGAUCCAUUUACCUUCUGGUUCUUAGGCACUGGAGCACCGUUUGUGUGAUGCUUGGUCGGAUUUCUUGACUUGAAAUUGGGAUGCUGUCACACAAAAGCGCCGAGAAGAAUGUCUGAUGUCCUCCAGAGGGAACAUCAGAGAAACCACCAGAUGAGGCUAACCGAUCUACUCUGGGAAAGACUACUCAUCUCUGAGAACGCCAGCGGAAACAGAGAAUCAAGAGACGCAAGAUUGUUCCUCUAGUGGAUCUCUUGUUGUUGAUAGAAACUGUUGCACAAUUGACUAUUCUCGAACGUUUUGUAAAAAUAAAAUUCUUCACUGUCUUGAACUGAAGGUGGACUUGGGACUCGCCAAAUGCAGACUAGCACAUGGCAUUGGAGUGUAGGCUGCAAUAUGCACAAGUCAAAGCAGUUAGCUGGCUGCGAUAGCACACUGAAAGCAAGCAAGAACUAAAAA